AAGCUUUCUCCCCUCGACGCGCGCCCGAAACGCUCGGCGACGAGAGAGCGUUCUCUUUACGCGUGUCGCGUGCCUGUCCGCCGAGGGGGUUCCAGGUUCCAACGUGAAUUCCCGUGCCCGACUGUGCCCGACAAUUCGGAUCCCGUCCCCUCGUGUCCCGUUUAGCUCGUCGCGACUCGAGCCGUUUCGUCGUUCUCGGAUCGCGAGAGACUCGAACUUUCACGGUCGUAAAGGUUAUGCCGAAAGAUGUCAAGCGAGAAUGACAGCGAGAUGGAUUGCUCGGACUCCGACUGCGGGGACACGGGCUACGAGGACUAUUACAGCAUCCAGCCGUGGGGGGGCGGCGACGUGGACAACGACGUGGACCCCGAGCAGAACAGGAGGGACCCGGAGUACGCGGUGUACGACUGCCUGCGAGUCGAGGAGGUGGAGCGGCUUCUGAACGAGAGCGUGGAGGUGUUGAGCAAUAGCCUCCACGUCACGCCGUCCCUGGCCAAGGUGUUGCUGCACGCGCACAACUGGGCGUCCCAGGAUAUCGUCACAAAGUACCGUACCAAUGCUUCCAGUUUAUUGAUCAGUUCGAAGAUUAAGCCUACCCCGGAACAAGUGCCAGGAACGAAGAGUCAGCGGGGCGGCGUGUGCUUGGUCUGCAUUACGGUUUACCCAGCGGACAGAUUUUCUACGCUCACGUGCGGACACUCGUUUUGCAAAGACUGUUGGUGUAUGCAUUUUGAAGUACAAAUAACUCAAGGUAUAUCUACCGGUAUAAGCUGCAUGGCACAAGAUUGCGACGUCCUAGCUCCAGAGGACUUUGUCCUUUCCCUACUUACUAAGCCUAACAUGAGAGAUAGGUAUCAGCAGUUUGCCUUCCGCGAUUACGUCAAGUCUCAUCCACAGCUACGAUUUUGUCCCGGUCCAAAUUGCCAAAUAGUUUUGCGCUCGAAGGAACAACGAGCGAAGAGAGUCAUGUGUUCAUCGUGUAAAACUGUAUUCUGCUUCCGAUGUGGUAUGGAUUACCAUGCACCUACCGAUUGCGGUACAAUUAGGAAAUGGUUGACGAAAUGCGCGGAUGAUUCCGAGACGGCGAAUUACAUUAGUGCUCAUACCAAAGAUUGUCCAAAAUGUCAUAUCUGCAUAGAGAAGAACGGUGGCUGCAACCACAUGCAAUGUUACAAUUGUAAGCACGACUUCUGUUGGAUGUGCCUUGGAGAUUGGAAAGCACACGGCAGCGAGUACUACGAGUGUUCGCGUUACAAGGAGAAUCCGAACAUCGCGCACGAGAGCGUUCACGCGCAAGCGAGAGAAGCUCUCAAGAAGUACCUUCACUAUUACGAGCGAGUAAGUCCUAAGAAGUACCUUCACUAUUACGAGCGAUGGGAGAAUCAUAGCAAGUCGUUGAAGUUGGAGGAGCAAACGUUGGAGGGAAUUAAGAUGAGAAUUAACAAUAAGGUGAUGAAUGCGAGCGGUACGUGGAUAGAUUGGCAACAUCUGUUCGAGGCGGCGUCGCUCUUAGCGCGUUGCCGUUACACCUUGCAAUACACGUAUCCGUAUGCCUAUUACAUGGAAUCUGGCCCGCGUAAAGAACUGUUCGAGUAUCAACAAGCUCAAUUAGAGGCGGAAAUAGAGAAUCUCUCGUGGAAGAUCGAACGAGCGGAAACAACGGAUCGAGGAGAUCUAGAGAAUCAAAUGGACAUUGCGGAAAAGCGUCGCGUUACUUUAUUGAAAGAUUUCCUCGAGGUGUAAUUAAUUGUGUGAGUGCUAGCUUCAUUCUCAGUCGCAGUCUACGAAAUCUAAUCUAAAAGAUCGGAUCAUAAUAGUAAUCUUUUAUUUUUCAAAUGUCAUUUAUCUGCAAUAUAUAGUGUUUUAUAUUUUAUAAUUAUUUCAGUUCUGAAGGAGAAUUAUCUCUGUUUUGUAAUAAGAGACAAUGUGUGUGUGAUGCGACUGUAAAAACUAGGUAAUUUUAUCCAAGUAUUAUCGGUACAGGAAAUAAUUUAGCAACGCCAUGUCCUCUGAAUCGUUGUUUGAAUCUGAUAUGACAUGGAGAUUGUAACAAUCUUGAUGUAUGUACAUUAGUAUUGAUUUCAAGCUGAAAGCGAAUCUUUUUCACGUUUCACCGAAAUAAUCAUUAGGAAUAUAUCUUGUCUUACGUGGUGACGAAGACUGGACUCUACUUAAAAUUCCAAGAAACGUUAUACAGAAUAGACGAAAUCGAUGAGGAAAGUAUUAACCGUAUCGACGACUGAUUUAUCGAAAGAUUCGAUGCUAAUGCGUAUAUUCCUUUCCUAGUCGUAAGAGUAUUUUUCAAAAGCGCGAUACAGCGGAAACGUCCCUUUCCUUUUCUCUCGUUCUGUAUUCUCACCGAAGUAUACAUACAUUUCUACUGACGUUAAUCGCACAGUUCGAUAGAAGGCACCGUAUAAGAGGUAUGAGAGACGUAUCGGAGGACCCGUACGUCUUCACUGUUGUUUGCGAUCCUCUCUCCGAACCUUAUUCGAAGUAUUGUCGAUGUUUAAAAAGUAACGUUCACGCCCAAUGACCGACUAAAAACAAAACAAAAAAAAAUAAUAAAGAAAGGAAAGAAACGGUAGCCUAAUUUUAAGUACUCCGGUGCCAAGAGAUGACGGUACCACCCCGCCGUGUAUAUAUACUAAGCAGAAUUAAACGUGUACGUCGUGGGAUAGAAGGAGGGAUGCGACGCGUUUUCUAUUAAACUAGAUUUUAAAGAAUACAUGCAACGAUCAAAGUUAUCCGCGACACACCUAGCCGUAACCGAACUUACAAUAUUUUCUAAGCUAUUUAAAGACAAAAAAAAAUUUAAGGAUUCGCUGUACCGUCGUGACUUUUACUUUGCGCCACAACACGCGUUAAAGGAGGGACAUAGAUGUUCAAAUGCCCGAAUUUCAAAGUCCAUCGAGGUACGAUGUUAAUAACUGUAACGUCUCGAUAAGAGAGCGGCAGUAAAAUCCAUCAACGUAAAACUAUAGGAUAAUGAGUCGAGCGCGAGAGAGAUAAGUCUCUUGAUUUGUCCCUCCUUGUAUGUAGAACUUCUCGAAUGUGCAAUGUGGGAAGUAAUCACUACCACAUAAGGAUAUUAAAGUAUUUGUAUAAAUUA